CACCUCAGAGCAGAGCAGGGUCCCGGCAGAGCCUAGGAGCACAGAGAGGGAGAGAGAGAGAGAGAGAGAGAGAGAGAAAGGAAAAGUUUGCAAAAUGGAUAUCUUCACAGGAGUUAGACCUUUAUUGUUUUCAUAUGUUCUUAUUAAUGGUAUUCUUAUUACACUGCAGACUAAAGAAGAGGUGCUUUUGGAUAUGAAGGCAACAGGAGGUGAACUGGGCUGGUUGACAUGGCCCUUAGACCAGGGAGACAAGCCUGGGUGGGAGGUCGUCCAGAGGACCCUGAACGGCUCUCAGUUCUACACCUACUCUGUCUGCAAUGUCGCAGAACGUGAGCAGGACAACUGGCUCCGUACGACCUUCAUCCAGCGACGUCCAGCGGCUUCACGGGUUUUUGUUGAACUCCAGUUCAUCGUCCGUGACUGCAACUCUUUCGAUGCAACCUCCCUGACCUGCAAGGAAACCUUCAACCUCUUCACGUCUGAGUCGGAUGCAGAUGUGGGCACCACCUUUCGCAAAGGCCAGUUCAAGAAGGUGGCCACCAUUGCACCUGAUGAGAUCACCAGCAAGAAUGAGCUACGCAUUAACACUGAGACACGAGUGGUGGAGAACCUGUCAAGAAAAGGUUUUUACUUGGCUUUUCAAGACAUUGGAGCCUGCGUGGCUCUUCUCUCUCUGAGGGUCUACUACAAAACUUGCCCAGCCACAGUGAAGAGCCUUGCAUCGUUCCCUGAGACUGUGGCAGGAGGAGAGAACCAGGCACUGAGGGAAGUUAGUGGGGUCUGCGUGGAGAAUGCCGUCAUUGAGGACUUGCCCCGCAUCUACUGCACUGUGGAUGGAGAAUGGGUGGUACCAGUCGGUCAGUGCCAGUGCAAACCAGGCUAUGAAGAUGUCAAAGACACGUGUCAAGAAUGUAAGCCUGGCUUCUUCAAAGCCGAAGCGGCCACUGACAACUGUGAGCCAUGUCCUGCAAACACCCAGAGGCUUGACUCAGGGGCCUCGUCAUGCCCCUGCAUGGAUGGCUUCUACCGGGCCCCAACAGACCCCCCUAUAGGACCUUGCUCAGGCUUCCCCUCUGCCCCACAAGACCUCAUUGCCACCACCACCCAGCUCUCCCCAGGGAACCUCCUCCUGUCCUGGAGCCCGCCUGAAGACACCGGAGGACGCAGUGACAUCACCUACAGCAUUGAAUGCCAGCGCUGUGAGGGCACUGUUUGUCAGCCCUGUGGAGAGAAAAUCCGCUACGAGCCGGCCAGCUCAGGCCUGACUGACACCAAGGUUUCAGUGAGCGAGUUGGACGCUCACCUCAACUACACUUUCACUGUGGAGGCCCAUAGCGGCGUGUCAGUGUUCGCCAGUCAGGCGAUGCCUCGUGCUAAUAAACCACCAUCCACCAGCUCCCUGACAACAUCUCUCCACUACACAGAUCCCCCAAAGAUUACCACGAUGCGACUGGUUGAGAAGACCUCCAACAGCUUGUCCCUUUCCUGGGACGUUUCCCCUCGACCAAGGGUCCAACUGCGACCCAUCCGCUAUGAACUAACCUACCGCAAGAAGGAUGACAACCUGGAUGUGACGACCUACACUGUGCUCAUACUCGAGAAGAAUUCGGUGACGAUCAAUGAUCUGUCUCCAGGCACAGCCUACCUGUUCAGGGUGCAGGCCCUCGGCAGCGACGGGAGCCCGGGAGGCUCCAGCAUGGAGGAACAGUUUGAGACCUCGCUUCAAGAGCGCCUCACUCAGAACAACACAGCAGUUAUCUUCAGUGCAGCAAUCGGAGGAGCAGCCAUGUUGUUCAUUGUGGUUGUGGUCCUAUUCCUCCGCAGACGGAAAAGAAACUCUCACACCAGGCAAGGACCAGAGGACACCUACUUCUCCAGCUCAGAGCAAUUGAAGCCUCUCAAGACCUACGUGGAUCCGCACACCUACGAGGACCCCAACACAGCUGUCAUGAAGUUUGCCACUGAAAUCCACCCCAGCCACAUAACCAAACAGAAAGUCAUUGGAGCUGGGGAGUUUGGUGAGGUGUACAGAGGUAUUCUGAAGGCUCCGUCAAGGAAAGAGGUGGCAGUGGCUAUCAAGACGCUGAAGCCGGGGUACACAGAGAAACAAAGGCAGGACUUUCUGAGUGAGGCCUCCAUCAUGGGUCAGUUCUCCCACCAGAACAUCAUUCGUCUGGAGGGGGUGGUGACCAAAUGUAAGGACUUCUUCAAACAUGCAAUGAUCGUGACUGAGUACAUGGAGAAUGGCGCACUGGACAGGUACCUCAGGGACCAUGAUGGUGAGUUCGGCUCCUUCCAGUUGGUGGGCAUGCUGCGUGGCAUCGCUGCAGGUAUGAAAUACCUCUCCGACAUGAGCUACGUCCACCGUGACCUCGCUGCCCGCAACAUCCUCGUCAACAACACCCUGGAGUGCAAAGUGUCCGACUUCGGCCUGUCCAGGGUGCUGGAGGACGAUCCUGAGGGGACCUACACCACAAGUGGAGGGAAGAUCCCCAUUCGCUGGACUGCUCCAGAGGCUAUAGCAUACAGGAAGUUCACCUCAGCGAGUGAUGUGUGGAGUUUUGGCAUCGUCAUGUGGGAGGUCAUGGCCUUUGGUGAAAGGCCGUACUGGGACAUGAGUAACCAUGAGGUGAUGAAGGCUAUCAACGAGGCCUUUAGGCUGCCGGCGCCGAUGGACUGCCCCUCAGCCGUUUAUCAGCUGAUGCUGCAGUGCUGGCUCCAGGAUCGCUCCAAGAGGCCUCGCUUUGGAGACAUCGUCAGCCUGCUGGACAAGUUACUGAGGAGUCCAGAAUCCCUGAAGACCAUCGCUGACUUUGACCCACGCGUAUCCAUCCGCCUGCCAAGCACCAGCGGCUCGGAUGGGUCCCCCUUCAGGUCGGUGUCUGAGUGGCUGGAGUCCAUCAAGAUGAGUCAGUACAGCGAGAACUUCACCUGUGCGGGGGUCGUCACCAUGGACCAGGUCUUACAGAUGAAGAACGAGGAUAUAAAAAACAUUGGGGUGAGACUGCCCGGCCAUUUGAAAAGAAUCGCCUACAGCAUCUUGGGUUUGAAGGACCAGACCAGCACUCUGAGCGUGUUUGCAGUUUGAUCCGCAAAAUGAAUGGGAAUGAACUUUUACUGCACUGAAGCAGGCGGCCCUUUGGACUCGAAGCAGAGCUGGAGCGGUACUGCCGGGGCGGCUUUGGAUCAGCAGGACCAACAGAACUAAGCCAUCCUGGGGCAGACUGAAUCAUAAUAACCAUCUGUACAUUUUUGAUUUCUUUAUCUUAUUCACACAGGAAAAAAAAAAGAAGAAAAAUAUUCAACAAUAGAAGAAUCAAGUAGACUCUGUAUAUUUAGAUAUUAUUAUUACCCAUGUCGUCUGUACAGAUAUGAUUCACUGCUCAUGCGUUUUUUUUUUCCCUUUAUUUCGCAUUCCUGCUUUAUAAAAAUCAACAAUCCAGCCAGUUCUGGGAACGGCUUCAACUUUACAACAUUGCACCCCGAGCUUUGACGCAUUCAGUAUCCAACGAGCAAGAGAGGCACAGCCAGCAUGAUAAUACAGAGGCAGAGGAGUCCCCGCCCCGGCUCAGGCUGUGGUUGCUGCUGAUGUCACAGCGUCUCUCUUUAAUUGGCACUUUGGUCCCUCUUCCUGUUGGAACAAUGAGGAUGGAGAAUUUGGAGGGCUGGGAUUAGCUUGAGCUGGCCCAAAGUUAAAGAGACUGUGUUUGCCAAGGUGUAUAAACACAGGUGGGCUGGGUGAUGCUUCUGGCCUUCUGCUGGGUCCGCGCAGAUAUUAAGCUAUAAUCAUGUAAAAAUGAUUCUUAUGAGAAAAGAGAGCAUAUAUAUUCGGUACUCAGUUUGUACAGAUUCACUUUUUUUUUUUUUUUUUUUUUUGUGUGUGUUGGGCAAUUCUUAAAAAAAAAAAAACCCAUUGUGAUUCUUUUUUAUAAUGUAGCACUUGGAUCAAGAAUCUCGUUGUCUUUGUUUGUCUCUGGAUGCAUCUUAAAAUCACACAAAAUCCUGAAAAAGAUGUAAAGGUUUGAACUGAGAAUGAAAUCAGUUUCAAUUAGAAAGAAUAACUUCUCUAAGAGGACGUGCAUCCGAUAUUUGAUUAAUCAGUUGUUUUCCAUGAUAACGUCUGCAUUUUGGUUGUUUUGUCAAGAUCCGGACUUCUCAUAUUCUUGCUGGUUUUCAUGUGAAAAGUUGAAAAUGUCAUUGUUGUUUUUUGAGAUCUUAAAAAAGGGUCUCAUUAUCACAAAAUAAUCGUUGUAGUUAUUUGGAGAGAAAAACAUAAA